ACUUCCUUUAACUUUCCCUUUUAGCUUCUUCCUCCGGAUUCUCAUAAUUGUUCAACUCCUUUUUUAGUUUUCUUUGUCCCUUCCAGUCUUCUCUCUUCCUACUCAAUUUAUGUGCUUGGUCAGUUGCUUGUAUAAUUAUAAGCCUCAACCUAGUCUCACCAUCGACGAACUCUGUCGGCCAGCUCCGGCGAAGGACGACAACUGCCGGUGAAUGACGACCAAAUUCGGGUAACAUACGAGCAGUCUCCGAGGUACGCUAUCGAUUUUUUCCCUUGCUCAAUGUUUGUAUAACUGUUCGGUUUUCGCUUUCUUUUUCCACUUCUGAUUUCUUUUUCCCCUUCUGUUUUCUUUAUCUGGUAAUAGUUCUGAUUGACCCAUUAUUUUGCUUCUACUUUGUUUGUAUUACAUGAUACAUUUUGUGAUUUCUAGUUUGCAAAAUCGGGGGAUUUAUUUGUUAGGUUUUGAUUUUGUGUUUGAAACCAUGCGAUUUCUUUUUCGAUGUUCCAUGCGCUGUUCGUUGUCUUGGUUAUUCUGAAAAAUCAUUUCGCUGCUCCUUUUUUCUUUCUCUGGUAAUAUUUUUGAUAAACACAUUCUUUUACUUCUGUCCGAUUAUGCUUGUUCUACUUUCACUUAAAAUGAAAGGGACUAUGGAUAGAAGACAUGGAAGCACCUAAUACGAUGAACUUAUAAGUUUGUAUAUACAGUCCAAUUGAAAUCAGAGUUGCGGCAUAUAUCUUUGUAGCUAAUUUUACAAUUUUAAACAAGGCUGAAUCCAUGAAAGAACUAUUGCUGUUGAGACGAGUUUAUAUGGUCAGUGAGGAUAGAUAUAGCGAACUUCAACUUGCUUGUAAUUGAGUCUUCUUCAUGACUUUUUUGGCGCACCGCAAAUGCCUCCUUUGUUAAUCUGGUUAUAUAUAGUCUUCUCCAGAGGGGUUUCUUCAGAACUUUAACUGUUGAAAUAUCGAAAGCUUGGUUUAUUUUGCACACAAAAGAAGUCUGGUUCAUGCGAUCAACCUUUGUAAGGUGUCGAUAGAAUGCAAUAAAAGGACAAUACAUUUAUAAGUCAGUUAUAGAUAGCAAAUCUAUAACUGAAUCCUAUAAUCCUUUGUCUGUCAUGGCAUAGCUGAUGAUUUUAUGGAUAGUUUUCUUCUCUAUGGUGGAAGUGGGGGUAGGGGGGGAUAUUGUUUCAAUUUUAUUUUAUAUUUCUUUUCCUUGACAAGUUGAUUUCAAUUCAUUGUCCUUGUGGUUUCUCUCAUCAGCGUUUUGGUAUGUGAUUAUGGUAGUCUAUUUUCACGUCUUAUUCUCAAUCUCCUCUUAGAAGUAAGUGCAUGUAAUUCAUAUUACUUGGUCUAUCUGCUAAACUGGCAAGAGAGAAACCCAUCUCAAGGUUACUAGCUGAUAUUGAAGGAAACAAAAGAGUGCAGCAAAUAGAAAGUUGUAAAGAAAAUAACUUUGGGGGUUAUUUAUGUGGAAAGGAAACUUGAAGUGACCUGGCACGUCAUGUCUUUUUCUGUAGCUUCUUUAAGUAUUCUGUGGUUUUAUCUCACCACUUCAUUCUUUCAGGUGUCUUGUUCCUUAGAUCAGAUGGAUCUGUCAAAAGAAUGUCAAGAUUGCAUGUGUAUUGUCUUUUCUGUUUUCUUUUGCGGGAUCAUAGAUCUUAAAUUCUUGAUACUUACCAAUCCACUCCAUUCUUUGAUGCAUUUUUCUUCAGGAUGUGUUAUCUUGUUGCAGCCCCAGUUAAAUCUAUCAAUCAAAAUUGCAUAUAUUCUUUAAUUCCUGCUUUCUUUGCCUGAAAAAGAUGUUGGAUUGAGCAGAAUAGGGCUUAUCUGUCUUAUGUUAAUGUGCUGAUGGGAGCAUCUCAUCUCUCUCCUUUCCAUUGGUGGUUACCAACUAGUAUGCUAUAUCGAUGAUGCCCAUAUGCGUUCAUGGUAUCUUGAGCUGGUGAAAAAUUAGUUAUCUGCAAAACCGAUAGUUGUAAUGCUACGUGCUAGGGACAGGAAAGUGCAUUUCAUGUUUCCUCUGGUGUGCAGAAAGAGCCUGAGUUAGCAUGACCUUUUUUGUAAAUAAGAACAAUCUUGAGCUUUCUUUGUCGAACAAUUAUAUGUAUAUCUACUGAAGCAGUUCGUUUCUGUUGCUGACCACAGAAGAUCUUGUGCCCUAUAACUUUAUUACGUUGAGGAUUCCUUCCAUAUCAUAACUCCACCAACCACAAAGAGAAAGAACUAAUGGCACUUGACAACUCGUGAUUCAACCCACUUAGUUACAAUAGUUGCCUGAUUUGCUGUAUAUUUGAACUGGCCAUGUUUACUAUAACUCCAACCUAUAUUUAUUUGCACUGCUUACCAGAGAAAUAAUGAAGAAAAAAAUUGCUUUUGCCCACAAAAGUUGGGUUAAAGUUAUUACAUCAAACUGAUCAAGUGUUUAUGCUUUUAACAGGAAAGUUUACCAUAUGCAUUUGAUACAUUUAUGCAUACUACCUGCAUCUAUAAAUCUGCAAUUUUUUCUAGGUUAGGAGGGAGUCGAGCGUUUUUCUAUGUUGUUUCGGGGGCUGGACUGGGCUGAUAAUAUUUCGUUGUGGGUUGUUAGUGGUUUAUGUAGUUUCCACACUAUUUUCUAUGGCAUUAUUGCUGAUUAUUGUUAUUGUUUUUACAUUUAUUUUCAUGCUGAUACUAUUUUUCUGGCUUCUAUUAUAGUUACUGAUCUAUUGUCUAUUGUCUAUUGUCUAUUAUUUAUUUUCUUCUUCUUGAGCCGAGGGUCUUUCAGAAGCAGCCUCUCUACCCCUCCGGGGUUCUGUAUAUUUUCGGCAAAGGGGGUUUGACUGAACCCCUUCCGCCCACCUAGCUCCGCCCUUGGUGGCAAUUCUAUUGUUGUGUUUCGGAAUUACGGGAAAGAAAGCUUCAACAAGUAGAAGCUUCCUUGAAAAGUUUCGAACCAAGAGGUCCCGUUUGGAAAAGCAACAUUUUUUCCAGGUUGUUUGAUUCACGCCAAUGAAUUUCUGAAACAAACCCUGGCAAAAAAUUGAAGCGAGUUCAAAAACUUUGAACAAGGAGAGCAAAAGCUUGCACUGUUCUAGAAUCUUCCCAUGGAAGCACGAGCGAAAGGCACAGUGACGUCACUGUCGUCAUUGUUUCCGGUAGAAGAAGCCCAGAAAGCAUCGAAGCGCGUGCAAGACACGAUUGCCGACCGCCAGAAACAACUGGACCUGCUCCGAGAUUUCGCCGCAGACAACAAUAACCUUAUUAACCUUGUUCAGAGAUUGCCUGAUCAGCUUCACCACGAUAUCAUGGUCCCGUUUGGAAAAGCAGCAUUUUUUCCCGGUAGUUUGAUUCACACCAAUGAAUUUUUGGUUCUAUUGGGAGAGGGUUAUUACGCAGAAAGGACAUCCAAGCAAACGACUGAGUUACUGAAAAGAAGAGGGAAGGAUUUGGAGUCCCAAGUGGAAUCUGUAAAGGCUGUGAUACAAGACCUUAAGGCUGAGGCUUCAUUUUUUGAUGCUACAGCUUCUGAGGCUGCGGAAGGUCUUGUAGAGAUCAGAGAAGACUAUGUUGAGGAAACUUCUCCUGAAGGGUCAUCCACAGUUGGCAUCCUGAAACCUGACCUUCCAAUUUCUUCUGAAGGAGACAAUGCUGAACUUGCAGUUGAAGAUGAGGAAUAUGCUCGCAUUUUAUCCCGGAUUGCCGAGCUUGAGAAGGAAGAAGAGGCUGAAAAUGCCGAACUUGAGAAGGAACAAGAGGCUGAAAAUGCCGAACUUGAGAAGGAAGAAGAAGAAGCUGAAAUUGACACCAAAUUCAAUGAAGAAGGGCUGGGUAAAUCUGGAUUAGAUGUCAGCACAGGUCAACACAUCCGGGACCAAGAAAUCAAAGAUUCAGGGGUGCAUGGUUCUGGUAAUCUCAAGGAACGAGCAGCAUCUACAAGAAAUCACUCCACGGAAGGUUUUCCUGAGCAGUUGCACGUUGAAAGUUCAAAAACAGUAACUAAAGGUGAAUACUUAGCUGGGAGCCUAGCUUAUGACAAGUCCAAUAUAACUGAGAGUGCUCCCAAACAGAAUCGAAUGAAGGAGGAUACUAAUGUUCCCAUUAUAGCUGAAAAUAAGGCUUUUACUGGAAGUAUUGUUGAACGCGUUGGUGCCUUUGAUAUCAAGCCAAGUGAGCAGACUGUUGGUCGUAGUUCAAAGCCAGUAUCAAGGUUCAAAAUGCAGAGGAAAUAGUUGGCGUUCGUAGCACGUGAAAGUCAAGUGUGCAGUGAUCUUCAGUGCUUUGUCUCGUAGAUGAAAAAAGAUUUCGGUUGAGUACUUGAUUUUGGACAUGCUCUUGUCGAAAAAUGCCGAUGUUGUAUUUUUGCAAGUUCAAAAUUUUCAACCUUGAACUUAACAACAUCAGUAGAAAUGGUUAGGUUUACACCAUCAUGAAAGAUAUUUUAGACCAUGAUAUUAAGGGAUCCUGGCUCUCCAUUUCCUCAACGUUUUUGCUGCCGUUGGGAUUUGAAUCUUAUGGUUUUCAGCUCAUUUCAUCGACCACUAGAUCACACCCUUAACUUAACUGUGUUAAAGAGGAUAGGUUUGAGGAAUGUAUUCUCUAACUUUGAUAAAAAAAUCUGUAUCUCCACAAAAUUUGGAUUCA